AUGGACGUAGGUAGACGUGGACGUGGCGAAUUGUCGUUCCUGAUCCACGGCGGCAUGUCUGGCUGGUACCAGGUGGGAUUGUCUCUCAAAUCCCCGGGGGGUUGGACUCGAAAUGCCGGGAGACAUGGUAAGGAACGGGAAGAGAACAGAAGGAAAUAUGGAGGGCGGGAAGGAGGCGACGGAUGA